CACAUACAUGAGACACACAUGCAUGAUAUGCAUACAAACAGUAAACUUGAUGUCAAUAAAACAAUGGCUGCCAGUGCUAGUAAAACAAUUUUAUUAAACAAGCUCUACAAAAGAUAUAAAAGCUAUUUUAAAAGUGUUGUCGACGCAGAGCCAGAUAAAGUCGUGAAUCUGCUCCAAACCUACCUCUCAGAGGCACAGAAAGCAUUGCUUUCAACUCCAGACAAGAAUGCCAAAGCUGUAACCCUUAAGAAAAUUUUGAGAGAAAAAUUGCCUGAAAGUGAAGAAAACUUUUUAGGAAUACUUGGAGCUCUCAACCAAUUCUUUGACACUAGUAACAUAAUACACUAUGUUAAAAAGGAAUUGCAUAGCUUACAAAGAAGCACUGAACAAGACAAAGGCAAACGAGCAGCUAAAAAGAGACCCCAAACCAGGAUCCCCAUAUCGCGCACCCGCAGUGACCCAGGCUCAGGAUCAUCAGUAUCAUCGAAGGCAGGUGUGUUUCAAUAUGGGAAAAGAAUUAUAAGCAAAACUCAACCGACACGUCUUCUUAACACAAUUCCUGGUUCACCUUCCAACAGACGUAUCAGUGAUGAGAGCCCAGCAGAACCUGAGCUCGAUUCCUAUUCCUACCAACAACCAGUAGAAGCCAGUAUACCAGAGCACACAAUUAUUCCCCAACCGUCUCAGCAUUUAGAAGUUGUUGCCACAUCAAUACCAAGUUGUCCAACUUCCCGUCGACUGUUAGUGGAGGGGCAGUGGCGCACACCAAUCGAAGAUGUCUAUGAUGACAUUAACGUUAUUGAUGAAUUGGACGAAGCACUAGGAAAAAUAAUGAUAGUGGAAGAGAAUCAUGCCGAUAUUGAUACGCACUUUUCAGUUGUUAAAAACAGUUACAAGCGUCUUGCUAAGCUCUAUCAGCAUAAAAUAGAGCAGCUAAAGAAAAACAUGCAACGGCUCGAGCAAAAAGCAAGGGACGAAGAAGAAUUACGGCUCAAGCAAGAAGCAAUUAGGGACAAAGAAGAAUUACGGCUCAAGCAAGAAGCAAUUAGGGACGAAGAAGAAUUACGGCUCAAAGCAAACAAAGAUUUUGUGGAAAGUGAUGUAGCUAAGCAACUGAAAGACAAAGAGGCAGAAAUAGAAGGCCUGAAGGCUGAACAAGAUAGCCUGAAGGCUGAACAAGAUAGCCUAAAGGCUAAACUAGAAAAGGCUACAUACGAAUUGGACAAACUACGAGUUGAAAGCAAACAGACAGUUGUAAAGGAAACAUACGAUCAACUUCGUGAAUGUGAAAGCUUAUUAGGAACACAAAAACCAAUAGCAGAUAUUCUUGUGAUUAUCAGGCAAAAAUUGUCAAUGCUGAGGAAACGGCCAUACUCAACUUAGUUCCAAGAACAUGAAUGACUACAGUAGCUAGUGGUUCAUAGAGACAGUACAUUUCACUUAUGUCUUUUUGUUUUCUUUGUAUCCUCAUCUUUUGUAUCUUGCUUG